UACUUUUUGAAGUGAUAAAGUAAAGAUUAGUUGUUUUACUGGUUUGUAGCAAAAAGUACUGCCAUGGCAUGCCCAUGGAACACAUCCUCGGAUAGCCAUUACCUUGUCAAACAAGGAAUUGAAUUUCCUGGAUGUGACAAGCUUGGGACCAGAGGAACAGCAACGGGUCAAUGAUAUACUAUUUGGGCAACGAUGCCAAAUUAUUGGAAAAGUUGAGUUUCCAUGGGGAAAUACAGAUCCAAAUAGAUAUGAGAGAGGUGAUGAGGGAGUACAGAGCUCGCCCAGUGACUCUGCUCAGUCUGUCCCCUCCCUACCCCCAGCAGACAGACAGACAGAGCAAACAAUGAGCAGCAUCAUGUUCAGCUACGGUAAAAAGUCAGAGGUAGAAAACUUGUACACCAGCAAUUCAAAAGCAAAAGAACAGAGUGCUGACAGAUACGCAGGUAAACCAUAUGAAAGAAGAAAUAAAAAGCGAAGACCCCCGGAUUACUAUCAGAAAUACGAUGAAGCAGCUCAAACGAAAACUUCUUUAGUUACUGAUCAACCCGAGGAGAAUCGUCCGCUAAUGUGGCAUGAGGAGGUGGAACAGUCCCUCCCAUUACCAGACACUCUCGUGGACAGUGCACCCUCUGUUGGAGGUAAAACUCCACACAUUCAAAUAAACCAGACAGAGGCUGGGUCUCAGGGCCACCGUAAUUAUAGUGCUCACACAGACAGGUAUCCACAGCAUCAGAACUUCAGUGCUAACUUCCAUGGGAAUGUUUCUGUUGACCAGUUGAUUUCAAAACAGCCAGAAUUCAUUCCAUCUGCCAGGACUUCGGAGAAGACACAUAAUAAUCCAAGCAAUAUCCCUCAUUGGCAGCAACCUACACAAAAGCCAGGAAAUGUGUAUGACUCUUCUAUGAAACAAUGUUCACAGUUCAAUGUACCUGUGUCGAAUCAUAACACAGUUUCUUUUCAGAACAUGCCCUCUUCUAUGCAUUAUAGUGGUACUUGUGAAGACAGUGCUAUCCUUGCGCAGUCAGCUUCCAUGAAACCACAGGAAAGCAGAGACACCUCUGACAACGUCCAUUCUGUAACUGAAUCACAAAACUUUAACAAAUUGCCUGAUCACUUUUCUGUGAUGUCCUUACAGAAGCCAUUGAAAAAUGUGACUGAAGUGGUUUCUGAUAACAGUAGCUCAUCUCAUCCAGGAUCUAAGGAAAGUUUGUCUGUGAAUCCAGAAUCUAUCAGUGAUUCCUUAUCAUUUGUCCCUACAGUUUCUAGUCAGAAAUUAAGUGACCCUGUGUUAAAUGAAGAUAUUGAAUUUAUGGGUCCAUCUCUUGCUAUGGAUAAUGAUUCUCAACGCUCAGACCUGGACCCAGAUCAGUACCCAGUUCUGAGCAAGAUGAGUGGAGCCUCUUCAGAAGAGACACCCAAAGACUCUUCCCAGGGUCCCACUUUGCCCAGUACCUCACCACAAAGUGUUCCUGAAGAAGCUGCCAAACCAAAGUCAGCAUCCUGGGCAGGCCUAUUUAGUAACAUUGAUCCUGCAAAGCAGGGAUACGUAGUGACAACAUGGGCCCCCACCCCCUCCAACCACACCUCAAAACCACAGGAGUCAUCCCAGACAGAACCAAGGGUGCUGUCUGCACCUGUCGAUGUAUCUGAAGAUCCACUGGCAAAAUCAUUUGGAGACUCACUGUCUCGAAUGAAGAUCAGUCAUGUUCCAAUAGGACUGCAACCCAGAGGUUUGAUGAAUCGUGGCAACUGGUGCUAUAUUAAUGCUACAUUACAAGCUCUGGUUUCAUGUCCACCAUUUUACAAUAUGAUGAAAAAAUUCCCCGUCAAUGCCCCAGCAAGGAAGGGGAAAAGCAGCACACCCAUAAUGGACAGUCUAGUGCAGUUUGUUCAUGAAUUCCAUCCUUGUGCCCGCCCAACAGAAAGAGGUAGAAAGACAUUAACAGAGUUGGUGCCUGGAGCUGCCUUUGAACCUGUCAAUGUGUAUAACAUGCUACAGGUCAUAGAGGAGAACAAGUCUUUUAAGCUUGGAAAACAGGAAGAUGCAGAAGAAUUCUUGAGUUAUAUAUUAGAUGGACUACAUGAAGAAAUGACAACACUCAUCAAGUUUGCUAAUGGUACACCCACAGGUCCCGAUGCAGUCAAUGGCCUGACAACUGAUGAUGUGUCAUUGGAUGAGAGCUCGGAGGAUGUGGACCCCGACUCGUGGGAACAAGUUGGACCUAAAAAGAAGAGUGUUCUUACUCGACGUGCAAAUUUUGAGAAGACGCCGCUAGCUGAGAUUUUUGUGGGGUACACCAGGUCUGCUUUGUACAAAGCCAACUCUAAAGAUUCAGCCACUCUUCAGCCAUUCUUUACUCUACAGUUAGAUAUUCAGUCUGAUAAAGUUCACUCUGUGAAGGAGGCGAUGGAUGGACUGGUCUCAAGAGAGUCUGUGUCUGGAUUCACCUGCUCCAAAACCAAAGCAGAGGUGGAUGUCGUCCGACAUUUGACCUUGGAAGAGUUACCUCCUGUCCUUAUCCUUCACCUUAAAUUCUUUGUCUAUGAUAAAGAUGGGGGAAGUCAGAAGCUGCUCAAAAACUUUGAAUAUGGCAUUGACCUUGAAAUCACCAAAGAUCUGUUGUCCCCUAAUGUCCGAAGCAAGUAUCAACUACAUCAAAGGUCCUACAAGCUUUUUGCAGUGGUAUACCACCAUGGGAAGAAGGCAACCGGGGGCCACUAUACAACCGCUGUUUUUCACCCUGCCAUCAACAACUGGAUCAUUAUUGACGACAGCCUGGUCAAGCAUGUGUCAGUUGGCACUGUGCUGAAGAACAUCCCAGGGCGUGUGCCAUAUCUACUGUACUACCGCCGCAUCGACAUGCACUAAGUGAAGGCACUUGGUCUGCUAUUGUCACUUGACCGUGUACGAUACAUCAUUAUCAUGCUAUUAUAAAACAGAAUGGAAGAUGUUCAUUAUUGAAUUGUAGAAUUAAAACAUAUUGUUGUAUCACAGAUUCUUUUUUAUGAAUCCCAGGAAGUAUUGUUAAAGGCUUCCAAUUAUUUUUGUUAUUUUAUAUGCCGGUAUAAUAUACAAUUUGCUCUCUUGAAAUUUAUUUCGCUUGAUGAGUCAAUCAAUAUGGAAAUUUCUCAAAAGAUGUUGAAAACACUUCAAGGGUUAUGAGCAAAUGCAUAAACAGCAUUAUACAGCACUGAAAUUGGAAGAUGAAUUUUGUAUUCAACAAAAAGAAUGAAAUGUAAAUAGUUCUGCUAUUUUUUGGUUUUGUGCAUUCUUUAUAUUUAUUACUAUUUUAAUUUUGAAUAACAGACCGAUUGCUGUUUUUGAAUGAGAACAGUGGAUUUCCUUCACAUUCCUAUUAUAUAAUGGGAAAUACCUUGUGAUUAUGGCAAUGCAUUAAUCACACUGUUUAUUUGUUUUUCUGAAGUCUUGAUCAAGAACUCAGGUUUCAGAAUUUUGACGAAAUUAAAUUUUCUGAAAUAAAAAUAGCUGGGGUUUUUUUUGCUAUCUUAGAGAAAUAUGAAAAUAAUUAAAAAUAUUUGUUGGCAAUGCUCAUUGUUUGGUGCAUUAUUACAUGUACUAUGAUUUGACUUGGGUCAAGAUAUAUAGACAGUAAGUCAUGAAAUACAUUAUGCACUGUGUCUUUAUUUCUGAUAAAAUAAUGUUGGACAUUUUGAAUGAAAAAUGUUAUUUAUGAAGGCUUAUGAAAUUAAAAUGUAUAAUUAUUAAUAAGUGUUUAUGG